AUGAAGCCCCUCAGCUUUGAAGAUUCGAGAAGGUUAUUCACGAGCAGAGUAUUUGGGUCUGAAAACAAGUGUCCAUCUAAUUUUGAGGAAGUUUCAAAUGAAAUUCUGAAGAAGUGUGGCGGAUUGCCACUUGCAAUCAUUACUAUAGCUAGCCUAUUGGCUUCCCGUCGUGAAAGAUCAAAGAAUGAUUGGGAGAACAUACGGAAUUCUCUAGGUUCCCAGUUUGCCAUAAACCCCACUCUGAAAGGGAUGAGGAAUAUAUUAAACCUCAGCUAUAUGAAUCUUCCUCUUCAUCUCCGCACUUGUUUCCUUUACCUUGGUAUGUAUCCAGAAGACUAUGAGAUUAUGAGGGAUGAUCUAGUCCGAAAAUGGAUAGCCGAAGGCUUUGUUAGUAAUUCACAUGGAACAAAUUUGGAGGAUGUUGGGAUAAGUUAUUUCAAUGAGCUAGUCAAUAGAAGUCUGAUUCAGCCUGCAAGGGACAGAAUCGGGCAAGUAUGUUACAGAGUACAUGAUAUGAUGCUGGAUUUGAUCUUAAGCAAGUGUGCAGAAGACAAUUUUAAUAGUCUGGCAUAUAGUUCUGAAGACAUGACAAGACUGCAUGGUUGCACAUACAAGAUCCGUCGGUUAUCCCUGGUCUCACAGGUUGAUAGGAUAACAAAGAAAACAAUAUCAUGGAGAGCUUCAGAUAGCAUAUCACAAGUUCGGUCAUUGGUGUGGUUCGGAGAUUGCAAGUCCAUACCUCGUCUUUCUCAGUUAAAGUAUAUCCGUGUGUUAUCCUUUGAAUGUCCAAAUUCAUUUGGGGAUUCACAUUUGGACCUCACUGCUAUCAGCCAAUUGUUUCAACUGAGGUAUUUAAAGGUUUCAGAGCAUUGGUGUGCAAAGCUUCCCACUGAAAUUCGGGGGCUUGUGCAUUUGGAUACGCUGGCUGUAGGAUAUGGAAGCAUCCCAUCAGACAUAGAGCACUUGCCCUGCUUGUCUAAUCUGAAAUUGGGUUGGUAUGCGAUGAUAGCGUUACCUGAAAGGAUCGGGAACAUGGAAUCACUUCACACACUCCAUGGUUUCGGACUGGAGAUGAGUUCGCUGGAGGCCCUUGAGGGCCUUGGUAAGCUGACUAAUCUGAGGAGUCUGAAGCUUUGUAACCUUGGUGAUGAUGAGUGCAAUCUGCUGGAGAAGGCAGUGAAGUUUGAUGCUUUGGUCUCUUCUAUUUGUAAGCUACGCAACCUUAGAUAUCUCCUGGUGGUAGGCGAUCAUGAUGAUAAGGACGAAAUUUUAGGCUCAGUUUCUGAUCCUCCUGCCCUUAUCGAGGAAAUGUACCUUAGCGGUUGGAAGAUCUUGGGAGUUCCUAAAUGGAUUGGUGAUCUCAAUUGCCUGCAUAGCCUGGAAUUAUCUGUUAGGGAGACGAAAAAUGAUGGGAUUACUAUUCUUGGAGGACUGCCAUCCCUCGUCUACCUCUACCUUAUAGUUGCGACAUGCCCUAAAGAAGAGGCUGUAAUCGUCAGCAAGGGAUUAUUCCCUGUUCUGGAGCGCCUUACAUUCCUCUCUGAAGAAGAUGUUACAACAUAUCUGGGUUUCGAGGCAGGAGCUAUGUCCAAGCUACGAGAGCUCAGUCUGGAACUCAGAGUGCCGCAGUGGGGUGGAGCUGCACCAGCCGGCAUGGAGCACCUCUCAGGCCUCCAGCAAAUCAGUGUAACUCUACUCGGUAAGCCUCUUGAACAAGUGGAGCUCGAAGUCGGGUCUGCGUUUACCCCAUCUUUUCGUCUUCGCUCCUCCGUCUCCGCCCCUUUCCUUCUUUCACUCCAAUGGGUACGCCCGGUGAGUAGAUGGAAUAGGUGGUUGGAUCCCUUCAUCUGUAUAUAG